UCCGAUCCCCAACAUAUGAAGCCAUCGAUAUAUUCCGAAGUCCGAACAGCUCCGCAAGGAAUAAAUAUAUAUACAGAUGCUUGCUUGUCGUUCUGCCUAUCUACCUGUGUGUUUCCGUCCAUUAACGGCAACCAUUACAUGCACAUGAUAUAUAGAUCCAUCUGCUAGGUGUUCUACUACAUGAGCAUCGGACGUUGUACGGUAGCUUCUUCUUCCUCGAUCUUCUUCUUUUGCUUGCUGCUUGCGUUCAUAGUCAAGCACGAGGAGGAAGAAGAGAUAAGAGAAAAAAGAAGAGGCAGGAGCAGCUAGUCCCAUCGAUCCAUCCAUCCAGUCGUUCCAACCAUCAUCCAUAGAUCUAUAGCUUCACCGACGAAAUGACGACGACGUCGAGAGAUGAGAUAGUCUUCUUGGACGUGGAGACGACGGCUCCGACGUCGGCGGGACGGUGGUGGCUGCUAGAGUUCGGCGCCAUCCUGGUGUGCCCCAGGAAGCUGGUGGAGGUGGGCAGCUACGACACCCUCAUCCGCCCGGGCGACCUCUCCGCCGUCUCCAGGCGGUUCACGGACGGCGUCGAGGCCAUCGCGUCGGCGCCACCUUUCAAGGACGUGGCCGACAAGAUAUUCGGCAUCCUGGACGGCCGCGUAUGGGCUGGCCACAACAUCCAGCGCUUCGACUGCCCCCGCAUCCGCGAGGCCUUCGCCGACAUCGGCCGCCCCGCCCCGGAGCCCGCCGGCGUCAUCGACUCCCUCAACGUCCUGGCCGCGGAGUUCGGCCGCCGCGCCGGGGACCUCAAGAUGGCCACGCUCGCCACCUACUUCGGCAUCGGCAAGCAGAAGCACAGGAGCCUCGACGACGCGCGCAUGAACCUGGAGGUGCUCAAGCACUGCGCCACCGUCCUGCUGCUCGAGUCCAGCCUGCCACACGUCCUCUGCGGCAGGCACCAGUCUCGCCAAGCCGACGGCGCCGUGGUCACCACCAGGAGGAUGGCGGCGCAGCAGACGCCUCCGCCUAAACAUGAAGUACACCAACACCGGCCCGGCGUCUUGACCAAGCUGCCGCCGUUUACCCCUGUGCACGACCGAGCAGCUACAGCUACAGCUGCACCUGCACAUGCGGCCACCCCCACCCCCACCACUCCAUGCGGCAAGAGGAAUAGCCUGGGCAAGGUGGUGGCGAGGGCCGUGACGGCGACCACUGCUCCAUUGAGUAGCAGUAAUAGCACAAGCACAAACAGGCGCCCCGUGACGGCGACCACGCCCUUCCACAUGAUCCUCAGGCACUCAAGGGCCAUCCUCAGAUGAUCCAUCUUUCUUUCUUUCUUCUUUGGAUGAUCCAUGACAAUGGGUGAGAAGAAGAUUCUUAUUUAAUUUGCUUCGGCUCAAACAUGUCUUUCCCUAGCUCAACUGGUGUAGAUAUAUAGUUUGGUGUUGUAAAUUCCUCUGAAUAAACUGUUCAUUCGUAUCAA